GUAUCUGCAUCGACAAGCUUGACCAACAACCCCCAUCGAACGGUUCGGAGCUCCCGCCAUACAUCAAAAUGGCGCCGGCACAGGAUACCAUGUUUCGCUCGGCGAACAUGAGUAUGGUGCAGCUGUACAUUUCGAACGAAAUCGGUCGCGAGGUUGUCACAGCCCUUGGAGAGCUUGGUCUCCUCCAGUUCCGUGAUCUCAACGGAGAUGUCAGUGCUUUCCAGCGCACCUUUACUCAGGAGAUUCGAAGACUCGACAAUGUCGAACGCCAGCUGCGCUACUUCUACGCUCAGAUGGAGAAGGCAGGAAUCCCUCUUAGAAAGUUCGAUGUCGAUGCCGAAAGACUCGCCAACCCGUCGACCUCCGAGAUUGACGAGCUCGCCGAGCGAAGCCAGAGCCUCGAACAACGCGUCUUCCAACUUAACGACAGCUACGAGACCUUGAAGAAGCGCGAAGUCGAGCUCACCGAGUGGCGCUGGGUUCUCCGCGAAGCCGGCGGCUUCUUUGACAGAGCCCACGGCAGCGUCGAGGAAAUUCGCGCUUCCACUGAUAACGAUGACGCUCCUCUCCUCCAGGAUGUCGAGCAGCACAACUCGGCCCCCGAGGUCGAGCGGUCCUUCUCCGGCAUGAACAUUGGCUUCGUGGCUGGUGUUAUCAAUAGGGACCGUGUUGCCUCCUUCGAACGCAUCCUCUGGAGAACGCUGCGCGGAAACUUGUACAUGAACCAGUCUGAGAUCCCCGAGCCGCUCGUCGACCCCACCAACAACGAGGAGAUCAACAAGAACGUGUUCGUCAUCUUCGCCCACGGCAAGGAGAUCUUGGCCAAGAUUCGCAAGAUCUCCGAGUCCAUGGGUGCUGAGGUGUACAACGUGGACGAGAACAGUGACCUUCGUCGUGACCAGAUCCACGAGGUCAACGCUCGCCUUAACGACGUUCAGAACGUUCUCCGCAACACUCAGCAGACUCUGAACGCCGAGCUCACCCAGAUCUCUCAGGCAUUGUCAGCUUGGAUGGUCUUGGUCACCAAGGAGAAGGCUGUGUACAACACGCUCAACAACUUCUCGUAUGACCGUGCUCGCAGGACUCUCAUUGCCGAGGGUUGGUGCCCGACGAACGACCUGCCGCUGAUUCGUUCUACGUUGCAAAACGUUACGAACCAAGCUGGACUCUCGGUGCCUUCCAUCAUCAACGAAAUCCGCACCAACAAGACUCCGCCUACGUACAUCAAGACGAACAAGUUCACUGAGGCGUUCCAGACCAUUGUCAACGCUUACGGUACCCCCACUUACCAAGAGGUUAACCCGGCACUCCCUGUUAUUGUUACCUUCCCCUUCCUCUUCGCCGUCAUGUUCGGUGACUUUGGUCACGCCGUCAUCAUGGUCUCUGCCGCCCUCGCCAUGAUCUACUGGGAAAAGCCUCUCAAGAAGGUCACUUUCGAGUUGUUCGCUAUGCUCUACUACGGAAGAUACAUCGCCUUGGUCAUGGGUCUUUUCUCCCUCUUCACCGGUCUUAUCUACAACGAUGUCUUCUCCAAGUCCUUGACGCUGUUCGACAGUGCCUGGAAGUGGGAUGUUCCCGACGACUACAAGCCUCCUCAGACUCUGACUGGUAAGCUCAAUGACCACGGUUACCGCUACCCCUUCGGUCUGGACUGGAGAUGGCACGAGACAGACAACGACCUUCUCUUCAGCAACAGUUACAAGAUGAAGAUGAGUAUCGUUCUGGGUUGGGCCCACAUGACCUACUCCCUCAUUUUCGCCUACGUCAACGCCAAGCACUUCAAGAAGCCCGUGGAUAUCUGGGGUAACUUCGUCCCUGGCAUGAUCUUCUUCCAGUCCAUCUUUGGAUACCUCGUCAUGUGUAUUCUCUACAAGUGGUCCGUCAACUGGAGCGACCCUCAGAACCCCCGCAACCCUCCUGGACUAUUGAACAUGUUGAUCUACAUGUUCCUGCAGCCCGGUAAGCUCGAGGAGGGCGCGCAGCUCUACCCCGGACAGGCCACUGUCCAGGUCUUCCUUCUGCUUUUGGCCGUUAUCCAAGUCCCGAUUCUGUUGUUCCUGAAGCCUUUCUGGCUCCGCUGGGAGCACAACCACGCUCGCGCCAAGGGUUAUAGGGGCAUUGGAGAGAGCUCUCGCGUUAGUGCUCUCGACGGCGAUGAUGACGAAGAUCACGGACUCAACGGCCGCCCCAGCUUCGAGUCUGAUGGUGAAGGCGUUGCUAUGAUCACGCAGGACCUGCACGGUGAUGGCGAGCACGAGGAAUUCGAGUUCAGCGAAGUCAUGAUUCACCAGAUUAUUCACACUAUCGAAUUCUGCUUGAACUGCGUUUCCCACACCGCCUCGUACCUUCGUCUCUGGGCCUUGUCACUUGCCCAUCAGCAACUCAGUUCCGUCCUUUGGUCCAUGACCCUUGGGCCCGCUCUUGGUUUCUCUGGCAUCUUUGGUUCUAUCGCUAUCGUUGUGGUCUUCUACAUGUGGUUCUUCCUUACUAUUGCCAUUUUGGUCAUGAUGGAGGGUACCAGUGCCAUGUUGCACUCCCUUCGUUUGGCCUGGGUCGAGUCCUUCUCCAAGUUCGCAGAGUUUGCUGGUUGGGCAUUCCAGCCGUUCUCUUUCACUACAACGUUAGAAGAGUCUGAAGAGCUGAAGGAGUACCUCGGUUAAGAAGCUUCAGCUGGAGGUUUCUUGAGAGUGUGAUGUACUGCAAUUCUUUUUUCAUUGUAACCUUAGUCCAUCUGUAACAUAGCUCAAUGCACUAGAGCAUUAAGUA